AUGCAACAGACCAAAUAUAUUUCAAGUUCCAAUAUUGUUAACAUUACCGCAUCGUCUAUUCUUGUUUUUGAAAUUUUCAUUAAAACAUAUUUUGAUGGACUUUCAGGAAAAAGAAGGAUAGGACAAGUUCGUCAAACUGAAGCAAUGAAACAAUCAAGAAAGCUGCUAGGAUUCCCAGAGGAUUCGGCAUGUCAAACUCAGAAUUCGCACAAGUUCCGUAGUAGAUCUCUCCGAAUCCUUAAAGAGAAGAGUAACCUCGGUGAGAAGGCAUCUCAAGGAAACAUGUUCUUUUCUGGCCCAUUACAAGUUUCAACAUCAAAUGCAUCUGCUUGGGUAAAAAGCCAAAAAGACAAUACUUCACUUCGAUCAGAUUGUCGAACUACUUCUAGAGGACAUAGUUCCAAUGCCUUGGAUUCUUCUGCAUUAAACUCGAGAAAUAAAUUGGACACAUGCUUUCUGAGGGAGAAGAUCCUUUGUCCAAAAGAAGUAACUGAGUUUAUCAGAAUCAAAAAGGGUUGCAUCCGGCAAACGGUCAGACCAUCAUCAUUUAAGAAAGAUAAGAAGCACGUGACAGGAAUAUAG